AGACCGCCUUGCCUCCCAAACCAACAAACUUACCUCUCGCUCCCCUCCGCGGCCCGCGGGCCGGCCGAGCAAGCCAUGGAGCUGUGCUUCCUGUCAUUGAGUGCUCCGGGAAGGUGUGUGAACAUUUGUCGCGCCAGCGUCUGAGCGAGGAGUCAAAACAGCCCGAGGAGACCGAGGCGGACAAGGCUAAGCGGGAGCUGGCGGAGCGCGUGCUGCUGAGCGCCCAGGACGCGUCCAUGCAGGCGGCCCGAAGGGCCGCCGAGAGAGAGGGCCCCCUCGACCCGGAGUACAUCUACGACGAGGCCUUCAAAGCCGCCGAGGCCGCCAUCGAGGGUGUGAUGACCGACGAGACCCUGGCGCUGGGCGAGAAGGCGGUCUCGCUGUCGGCGACCUCGGCGGGAACGAAGACGGUCAACCUGCUGGCCAGCCAGGCCGCGGUGAACUCCGCGACUGUCGUGCUGAACCAGGUCGCCGCGAGCGGCGCGAGCGACGUGGUCGUGACGAGCGCCACCCAGGCGGCCCUCGGCGGGGUGGUGGGGACCGUGACCUUAACCUCCAUUGGCCCCGCCGGCUUCGCCUCCGCCAUCGGCUCCAUCGCGGGCAAGCACGUGGCCGACUAUAGCGGGGGCGACGAGGAGCUCGGCAGCCUCGUGGGUUCCGUCGGCGCUGGCGCGCUCGCCGGCGCCUUUGCGGGCAGCGCCUUCGGACCGCCGGGCACGCUGGCGGGCUUCGCGGCAGGCGCUACGCUGGGCACCGCGCAGUACUACACCGCGAGGCUCAUUCAAAAGGCCGUCGACAGGACCUGGGACUGCGUCGAGGAGAAGGUCAAGGCCGCACGCGAGGAGCGCGAGAAGGCCAAGGCGGCGGCGGCUCCAGAGUCCGCCUGAGCGGCGGCUGGCGGCGUCGUCGCUCCAGUCGCCAGUCGGCCGCGGCCUUGCUGCAGGAGGAGCGGAGGACUCAAGCAGUGGUGAAGGUGGUUGGUCCCUACUCGAGGAGGACGCCUGCGCGUUCGCCUCCGUCGCCCGUCGGGCGGGGGCAAGUCGAGUGAAACCAUGGCAUAAACAUGAAAAACAAUUACAUCUUUGGCCACACGCAUGAUACACCAUCUAGUGUGCAGUGGGUGCGCGGCACAGCUCGGUAGUGCAUUCUGAGCCCCGCGUUCUUGUGUUUCGCACUAAUUGUUGGUGGCAACACCUUCCGUCUUUGCUGGAAUCAUUUUGCUCUGUUUUUGUAUGUGCUUGCACGCCUGAUCUAUCCUGGCAGGUAAGGUGCAGUCCUUGUGGCAUAGCAUUGUCUCAUCAUCAUCGCCCCCGCUAGGCUCAGGGCCGCAGGGGAAGUUUGCCGAUAGUACCUCCCCUCCCCUGCUUUCCCUUCCCCCUCCCUUCCCUCCUUCCCUCCCCCCUUCCCUCCAGAGCGACCUGUGCAGCUCACCCUCGCGGCGCGCUGGGACGAAGCAGUGUCCGACCUGCGAGCCCCGAGGCCCUGUACUGAGCUCGGCAUCCCGCUCGGCUGCCCUUGCAGCACGUCGUCGUGCAGGGGCGCCUUUUAAGGUUUGCUGUCCAGUCGGGCGUGUCCAGGAGGAAUGCUUAAGACACUCGGCGGAUUUGCAAUUGUUGACGGCAGCGCGAUUCUCGUUUUCAGCGAGGUGGAUGCAGGACGUGCGAUUUUGGCACAGUAAGGGUAUUCAAGCGCAGAGCCAGUAUCUCCUCCAUUCCCGUGUCGCUAUGUCAUUCUUCGCUCAUCUAUGAGGCCUCUACAGACGUGUAAGGCUCUUUUAUCCCUGCCGCGUGCCCGUGCUGCUGAGCCUGCGCUCCUACGUCUUCGGUCGACUGCCCGCAAGAGUGACCCUUCGCUGGAGUGACGAAUACGCUGCGAUACCGCAGCGGCCUGGGUGAUUGGUUUGAUCUCCUCGUGCCCCCCGACGCCGCGCAGCACAUGUCAGUCUUGCCUGGGGCCACUCGUUCGCGCAGCUGGUCUGAAUGAGAGAGUCCAGGAGCCAGGCCAGGCCAAUCAGGGAGCUGGCGGAGCCUU